AUGGGGCCCUGGGGAGAGCCAGAGCUCCUGGUGUGGCGCCCUGAGGCCAUGGCCUCAGAGCCUCCAGUGCCAGUAGGACUGGAGGUGAAGUUGGGCGCCCUGGUGCUUCUGCUGGUUCUUACCCUCAUCUGCAGCCUGGUGCCCAUCUGUGUGUUGCGCCAGCCUGGAGCUAACCAUGAAACCUCAACCUCCCGCCAGAAAGCCCUGAGCCUUGUAAGCUGCUUCGCAGGAGGUGUCUUUCUGGCCACCUGUCUCCUGGACCUGCUGCCUGAUUACUUGGCUGCCAUAGAUGAGGCCCUGGGGGCCCUGCAUGUGACGCUCCAGUUCCCCCUGCAGGAGUUCAUCCUGGCCAUGGGCUUCUUUCUGGUCCUGGUGAUGGAGCAAAUCACACUGGCUUACAAGGAGCAGUCGGGGCCCCCACCUCGGGAGGAAACAAGAGCUCUGCUGGGAACAGCGAAUGGUGGGCCACAGCACUGGCAUGAUGGGCCAGGGAUCCAGCAGGCAAAUGGAGUCUCCGCAGCACCCUCAGCUCUCCGUGCCUGUGUCCUGGUCUUCUCCCUGGCCCUGCACUCAGUAUUUGAGGGGCUGGCAGUAGGGUUGCAGCGAGAUCGGGCUCGAGCCAUGGAGUUGUGCUUUGCUCUGCUGCUCCAUAAGGGUAUCCUGGCUGUCAGCCUCUCCCUGCGGCUGUUGCAGAGCCACCUGCGGGCACAGGUGGUGGCAGGCUGUGGAAUCCUCUUCUCCUGUAUGACACCCCUGGGCAUUGGGCUGGGUGCAGCUCUGGCAGAGUCGGCUGGGCCACUUCAUCAGCUGGCUCAGUCUGUGCUGGAGGGCAUGGCAGCUGGCACCUUUCUCUAUAUCACCUUCCUGGAGAUCCUGCCCCAGGAGUUGGCCACUUCUGAGCAGAGGAUCCUCAAGGUCAUUCUGCUACUGGCAGGCUUUGCCCUGCUAACUGGCCUGCUCUUCAUCCAAGUCUAG